AUGGCAGAACAAGAUAAUUCAGAAGAGAAACAGGGCAUCUUUUCUACAGCUAAAUCACACAUUAUAUCCGUAAUAACACUGAAUCCAAUUGAUCUGGCCCAGAAACCAAUCAACCUGACCCAUUACUUGCUGGUUGUGGUUCUCUAUUCAAUUGCCAUAUUUACAAGCUACUUGAUCACCCUAUUGAUCAAAUUGAAGCUGUUGAAGGCGGUUACGCACAUUCUACUGCCAACGUAUCCACUAAUUGGGUGUUUUACUAUCAUUGCAUUGUCAUUUAUGGGCGGAUACAUCUACAGCAUCUUCCUAAACAAUCACUCGUUGAAAAACUACUAUUUGGUGCUAUUGGCUUCAGGCUACCUGCCAUUUGUGAUGAUUCUGAGCACGUUAAUCAAGGAUCUCGCAAUUGUAUUCUACAUUUGUGCUGGAAUAGCAUCAGAUUACUUUCUAAGAAGGAGUCUCAUGUAUGGGAAAUCAUUUGAGCGUAGAUUGGAUCGGAUUUAUUUCGUGACCAUUUCAAUGUUGAUGAAUGUUGGAGCAUAUUGGGCGAUAUUCCCAAUAUUCUUCAUGUGA